AAGCGUAAACCCAAAACCCAGAUAAAGAAAUUUCAGUUUCACCACCCCCUCCCCCCAAAAGAACCCGUUCAAGAGAUCCAAUCACUAUUUGAGACCCGAAGAAGAAGAUCAUGAUGCGAAACAAGGAGGAAAAAGAGGUAAAGAAAGAAGCAUUCAGGAAAUAUUUGGAGUCAAGUGGGGUUCUUGAUGCUCUAACCAAAGUUCUGGUUUCAUUGUAUGAGCAGAACGACAAACCUUCCUCUGCCCUUGAAUUCAUCCAACAAAAAUUAGGUGGUCCAUCAGUGUCAGAAUAUGAAAAGCUACAAGCUGAAAUGUCAAAUUUGCAAAUAAGAUACGAUGAGCUUUUAGCAGAACACCAAGAAACCUGCAAAGAGUUGGAGGAACUUAAGAUUUCAAAUGCCAUGGAAAUGCCAUUAACAAAGGAGACCAUUGAUGAGAAGGCUCACAAGGCUGUGUUUUGAAGGAGCGUUCAAAGAACUUGUACAUUGUUCAAAGCGUUGUUUCCUAGAGUGCUGUAUCCAUUGUAUUCACCGGGACUUUUAACGUUGUUUUCUUCUUUUCCGUUAUUUCACUGUUUUCUGUUAAAGAAAAGGAGGGGGCAUUUGGCUGAUUUCAGUGGUGAUUAUGUUCAUAUCCACCUCUCUAGCAUUUAUCUUUGUUGAAAUUCUGCUGUUUGGCAGGAAUAUUUACCCUUAUAGUAAUGCACUUGCUUGGAAUUUAUUUA